AGAAGAGGGAGGAAAUGGACGAAGGGAUGAUGGAGGAGGGGGCGAUGGUGGUGGACGAGGGAGAUGCGCAGCGCAGGACGGGGAGCACGGAGCAUGAAAUUCUGCAAGGGAGCAGGGCCGCGGUAGAGGAGAUCAUGGCCAAGAUGCUCUCCAUCAAGACACAAGGCCACCCAAAAUCUCUACUCAGGGAGCUCGUCACUCAAAUGUUCCUUCAUUUCAUCACCCUCCGCCAGGUGAACCGUUCCAUCUUGCUAGAAGAAGAUCAUGCAAAAGCUGAGACAGAGCACGCGAAGGCACCGGUGGACUUCGCAACACUUCAGCUUCACAAUUUGACGUAUGAAAGAAACCGCUACGUUAAAGCAAUCAAGGCUUGCAAAGAUUUCAGGUCAAAAUAUCCUAAUAUUGAAAUGGUAUCCGAGGAAGAUUUUAUCCGUGAUGCACCUGAAGACAUUAAAACCACGGCAUUUUCCAAUGACAGUGCGCACGAUCUGAUGAUGAAAAGGCUCCAUUUUGAGCUAUUUCAGCGGAAAGAGCUAUGCAAACUUCACAAGAAGCUGGAAUCACAGAAGAAAAGACUCUUGGAUACAACUGCAAACCAAAAGAAAUUUAUGUCAAGUCUACCAUCGCACCUUAAGUCCCUUAAGAAAGCAUCCGUGCCGAUACAGAACCAGUUAGGGGUUCUGCAUACCAAGAAACUAAAGCAACACCAUUUGGCAGAGUUGCUUCCACCUCCUCUCUAUGUGAUUUAUUCUGAGUUCUUGGCACAGAAGGAAGCAUUUGGUGAAAAUAUUGACUUGGAGAUAGAAGGAAGUGUGAAGGAUGCUCAAUCUUUUGCCCACCAGCAAGCAAAUAAGGACACUGGCAUAUCUACCAAUGUAGAGAGUAUUAGAUUGGAUGAUGAUGCACCAGAUGAGGAAGAUGAUGGCCAGAGGAGGAGAAAGCGGCCAAAGGGGGUUCCGAGCAAGGAGAACCUUGAUCAGGAGGGAUUAUAUCAAGUUCACCCACUUAGGACAAUCAUUCAUAUUUAUGAUGAUGAGGUGUCUGAUCCGAAGUCUGCAAAACUUAUCAAUCUGAAGUUUGAAUACUUGUUAAAGUUGAAUGUUGUAUGUGUCGGGAUUGAAGGGUCCCACGAUGGAGCUGAGAAUAGCAUGUUAUGCAACUUAUUCCCCGAUGACACUGGCGUUGAACUUCCUCACCAGUCAGCCAAGCUCUCUGUUGGUGAUGCCCUCUCAUUUGACAAAAGGAUAACAUCGCGGCCGUAUAAAUGGGCCCAGCAUUUGGCAGGAAUUGACUUUUUGCCAGAGGUGUCUCCAUUGCUUACUACCCAUGGAACUCCAAGUGGUGAAACAGCUAAAAGUGAUGCUGUUAUAUCUGGUCUUUCUCUGUAUCGCCAGCAGACUCGCAUCCAGACAGUUGUGCAAAGAAUUCGUUCCUUGAAAAAGGCUCAGCCGGCUCUUAUUUGAAUUGCUACUUUGCAUCUUUGGAAUCCUGGAUCAUCAAAGGGCAAACUAUAAAUCAGUAGGAGAGUGUGGUCAGAUAUGAAUUUUAGAAUUAUUGUUUUCGUUCACUUUUGUUGAGCCUCUUGGCAUUCUUUAUGAUAUAUAGUGGCUAAUAUUUUUGGUUAUUUAAGGAAAUUCAUUCUUCUCUGCA